GCUGGGGACGGUGGAGGGAUGAGGCCCCGCAGAAACGUCCGGGCGGUCAAGAGGGUGAGAAGUUUGAGAUAAAGGCUAGAGACAACCUUGAGCAGGGACUGGAUCUCAGAUGGAAAUCUGGACGGGGGGCCGGAUGGGCUCAGGCUGCAAGGUAGGGCAAACGCAAGAGGAGAUGAGCCUGGGCAGAACGUGCUGCGACCCGACUGGGUUCUAACCCCCUGCAGAGCGCUGACCACGCCCCUCCAGGUGAGACCGCCCAGGUGUUGCCCCCACCCCCUAUCCCGGCUGCCUCGGCCUCAGCUCCCUCUCUCCCAUUCUCCUUGAGCAGCAGCGCUUUCCUCAUCCCCUCUCCAGGACAGGGAGGGUAGGGAAGAUAGAGGACUUCACCCCCACCUGCUCCUGCUCCCCCUGCACUCUGGGACCGAUUGCGUGCAGGUCCCAGGUGGUCAGGCACCCUGCACCUGAGGAACUGGCUCCCUAGCAGCUGGCCCAAGAUUCGCUGUGGGAGUGCUGGAUGGGGCCUUGCUCUGUCCUGUGUGACAUUUCCAAUUCUAGAUAAUGCCUCACAUCUCUACCCCCCCGGACCCCCCUGGAGUCCCCAUGAUCCCCAAGAAGACAGCGUGAACCUAGACCUCAGCCCAGGAUGUUGCGGAGGCUGCUGGAGCGGCCUUGCACGUUGGCCCUGCUCGUGGGCUCCCAGCUGGCUGUCAUGAUGUACCUGUCACUGGGGGGCUUCCGAAGCCUCAGUGCCCUGUUUGGCCGAGAACAGGGCCCGACCUUUGACUAUUCUCACCCCCGUGAUGUCUACAGCAAUCUCAGUCACCUGCCUGGGGCUCCUGUUGCCCCAGGGGGUCCUCUGGCUCCUCAAGGUCUGCCCUACUGCCCUGAACGGUCUCCUCUCCUAGUGGGUCCUGUGUCAGUGUCCUUUAGCCCGGUGCCAUCGCUGGCAGAGAUUGUGGCACGGAAUCCCCGGGUGGAACCAGGGGGCCGAUACCACCCAGCAGGGUGUGAACCUCGUUCCCGGACAGCCAUUAUUGUGCCCCAUCGUGCCAGGGAGCAUCACCUGCGUCUGCUGCUCUACCACUUGCACCCCUUCCUGCAGCGCCAGCAGCUUGCUUAUGGCAUCUAUGUCAUCCACCAGGCUGGAAAUGGAACAUUUAACAGGGCAAAGCUGCUGAAUGUUGGGGUGCGAGAGGCCCUGCGCGAUGAAGAGUGGGACUGUCUAUUCUUGCACGACGUGGACCUCCUGCCAGAAAAUGACCACAACCUGUAUGUGUGUGACCCCCGUGGGCCCCGCCACGUUGCUGUUGCCAUGAACAAGUUUGGAUACAGCCUCCCGUACCCACAAUACUUCGGAGGGGUCUCGGCGCUCACUCCUGACCAGUACCUGAAGAUAAAUGGCUUCCCCAACGAAUACUGGGGCUGGGGUGGUGAGGACGAUGACAUCGCUACCAGGGUGCGCCUGGCUGGCAUGAAGAUCUCUCGGCCCCCAGCAUCUGUGGGACACUAUAAGAUGGUGAAGCACCGAGGAGAUAAGGGCAACGAGGAAAAUCCCCACAGAUUUGACCUCCUGGUCCGGACUCAGAACUCCUGGACACAAGACGGGAUGAACUCGCUGACAUACCGAUUGCUGGCCCGAGAACUGGGUCCUCUUUACACCAACAUCACCGCAGACAUUGGGACUGACCCUCGGGGUCCGCAGGCUGCUGCUGGUCCCCGCUAUCCGCCUGGCUCCUCCCAGGCCUUCCGACAGGAGAUGCUGCAGCGCCGGCCCCCAGUCAGGCCCGGCCUGCUACCUACUGCCAACCACACAGCGCCCAGUGGUCCACACUGACUUUCUCCUUCCUGUCCACCUUGAUCAUGAACCAGUCAGAGGGCUUGCACUGCCCCGCCCCCCUCAGCCCCUCAUAUCUCUCAGAGGGAUGUGAGGACAUUGAACUCGAGUGCUCUGCCGGGAGCCUCGUACUGCUGGACUGGAGCUGGGCUCCUCUAGACCUGGGUGGAACGCCCUCCUCCUAGGGUCACCUGCCAGGGUUUAUGACUGUGAAUCCUUGAUGUCAUGAUUUUAAGUGACAAGUCCCCGGGGGUCCCUGGGCCCUGGGAUAGGAGCAGGGCUGGACCCCGAGCCCCUUCUUCUUCUUCCAUGGAGAACAGUCUCUUCCAUGAGCAAUCUGGCUUCUCCUGGGACCUCUGUGAAUAUUUAUUCUAUUUAUGGUUCCUGGGAAGUUGCCUGGUGAAGGAAGCCCCUCCCAGGGCACCGUCUGCCCGGGCUAGAGCAGCUGCCUCUUCUGCUCCUGACUCAGGGGGCUGGGAUUUUGAUAUAUUUUCUAAUAAAGGACUUUGUCUUGC